AUUGCCAUUCACUACGAUCCAGCACAUGACUUUCUUUCCCUUCUUCCCGUCUAAGCUUCUUGUUUCUCUUUCUUUUCUCUUACUUUCUUUUCAACCAAACAAAUAAAUUUCAGUUGGUUUUCCUCCUUUUAUUUUCUUCUAAUAAUAUUUAUUUGUACGUGAGAGUUAGGUAUUUUUCCAAUUAUGCCAAAAAGAAACAAAAAAGAAAUUUUAUAAUUUAUUCUCUGUAUAAUCAAAGGUAAUCUGAGGCGUGGGUUUAAUUCAAUCUGGGAUUUGGUAUUUGAAAAAAAAAAUUCUUGAGGAAUUGUCGAAGCGGAUCUCUCUUAGGAGCUCUUCGUUGAGAAUUUGAUGGAUACCAAUAACUGGAGGCCUACUCCUGCCAGUGGAGAGCCCACCAUGGAUACAGGUGAAUGGAGAACCCAGUUGCAGCCUGAUUCACGACAAAGAAUUGUCAACAAGAUAAUGGACACAUUGAAGAGGCACCUUCCAUUUUCUGGCCAAGAGGGUUUAAAUGAACUCAGGAAAAUCGCAGUAAGGUUCGAGGAAAAGAUUUUUACAGCAGCAAACAGCCAGUCUGAUUAUCUAAGGAGAAUAUCCUUGAAGAUGCUUACUAUGGAGAACAAGUCUCAGAAUACUAUACCCAACACUGGGAAUAACAGCAAGGCCCCUGAUCCAGGUUCUCAGGGCAUGCAAAACCAAGUUCACAGUCAAGGGCAAUCAAUUCCUAUCCCAUUACAAAGUAAUCAGUCUCAAGCACGUCAACAACUGUUAUCCCAGAGUGUUCCAAAUAACAUGUCAUCUGCUGGAGUUCAAAGUUCUACUGGUUUACAAUCUGGGAUGCCUUCCGUCUCUGGUCUAACCCAGAAUUCUAUACCUAAUGUUGUUGGCCAGAAUUCCAACAUGCAAAACUUGUCUGGAAUUUCACAGAACUCACUGGGGCAAGGGAUAUCUUCCAAUAUUUUUACUAAUCAGCAGGGGCAAAUGCAAGGAAGGCAACAGGUGCUACCACAACAGCAGCAGCAGCAGCAACUAUACCAUCAGCAGUUACAACACCAACUUUUAAAGCAAAAGAUUCAACAAGGAAAUAUCCAGCCCUCACUUAUGCAGUCUCACAUGCCGCAACAGCAACAGCAAAACCUGUUACCAUCUACUCAGUUGCAAUCUUCCCAGCAAUCUAGUAUGCAAACAUCAUCUGUUAUGCAGCCAUCUGCCAUGCAAUCAACUCCUCUUACUGGUCUUCAAAAGAAUCAACAAUCUUCUCUACAACAGUCAGUCCUUAGACAGCAGCAACAGCCACAAGUGGCCACCAGUGCUGGUAUUCUUCAACAACAAACAGCAAUGACACAGCAGUCAAUGAUGCCUCAGCAGCAACAACAGCCUCCACAGCCACAGCAGCAGCCACACAUAAUGGGACAACAGACAAAUGCUGCAAAUAUACAGCAGAAUCAGUUAAUUGGACAACAAAAUAGCAUUGCGGACAUGCAGCAGCAGAGAUUGCUAGGCCAGCCUAAUAAUCUUCCAAACCUGCAGCAGCAGCAGCAGCAGCAGCAGUUAAUGGCUCAACAAAACCUCUCAAAUAUCCAUCAGCAACAGUUGGGUCCACAAAGUAAUAUUUCAGGAUUACAGCAACAGCAGCAGCAGCAACAACAAUUGAUUGGAACCCAGUCGGGUAACUCAAGCAUGCAAACUCAUCAGCAAUCUUUACACAUGCUACCUCAGCCUAAGGUUUCACUCCAACAAACGCAGCAGAGUGCACCUAAUUUGUUAGCAACUCAAGGACAGACAUCCCAGCAGCUGCAGCAGCAACAGCAACUGAUGUCACAGAUGCAAUCACAGACUACUCCGCUGCAGCAACAAUUGGGUUUGCAACAGCAGCCCAAUCAAUUACACCAAAAUAUGCAGCCUAGGCUUCAAGCAUCAGGUCAAGUAUCAAGUUCCUUGCUUCGAUCACAAAAUUUGAUAGAUCAGCAAAAGCAAUUGUAUCAAUCACGCAGAGCUGUUCCAGAGACAUCAUCGAAUUCCACAGCUCAAACAGGACAUGCAAAUGGGGGUGAUUGGCAAGAAGAGGUCUAUCAGAAGAUCAAGACCAUGAAGGAGACAUACUUACCUGAAUUAAAUGAGAUGUACCAGAAAAUUGCUGCCAAGUUGCAGCAGCAUGAUUCUCUUCCACAGCAGCCAAAGUCAGAGCAGCUUGAAAAGUUGAAAAUGUUCAAGAGCAUGUUGGAGCACAUCAUAGCUUUCUUAUCAGUUACCAAAACCGGUAUCUUACCCACUUUCAAGGAUAAGUUGAGUUUGUAUGAGAAGCGGAUAAUAAAUUUUUUAAGUACCAAUAGGCCAAGGAAGGCAGUCCCAGCACUGCAGCAAGGGCAGCUUCCUCCACCUCAUAUGCAUUCCAUGCCACAGCCUCAACCUCAAAUUAAUCAGACACAGUCUCAUGAUAAUCAAAUGAACCCUCAGCUGCAGUCAAUGAAUUUACAAGGUUCUGUUCCAACAAUGCAGCCGAACAACAUGACAAGUUUGCAGCAUAAUUCUGUGUCUUCUUUACCUGGGGUUGCAACAGCGCAGCAGACCCUGUUAAAUUCAAUGCAGCCCGGUUCCAAUUUGGAUGCAGGACAAGGUAAUGCCCUAGGCUCAAUGCAGCAGGCUGCUGCAGGACCUCUACAACAGAAUCCUGUGAGUACCUCCCAACAGGCAAAUCUUAACAAUUUAUCUUCACAAAGUGGGUUAAGUGUCCUGCCACAAAACAUGAAUCCUCUUCAGUCAAAUCCCAACAUGCUUCAGCACCCACAUUUGAAACAACAGCAGGAACAGCAAAUGUUGCAGUCACAAAAGUACAAACAACAGUUUCAACAGCGCCAGAUGCAGCACCAAUAUAUGCAGCAGAAGCAGCAGCAGCUACUGCAACACCAACAGCAACAACAGCAGCAGCAGCAGCAGCAGCAGGUGCACCAGCAAGCAAAGCAACAGCUGUCCACUCAAUUGCAGACACACCAGAUGCCACAGCUACAUCAGAUGAAUGAUGUGAAUGAUAUGAGGCAGGGGAUGGGAGUUAAGCCAGGUGUAUUUCAGCAACAUCUCUCUGCAGGCCAGCGUCAAUCUUAUACCCAUCAACAGUUGAAACCAGGUGCUCAAUAUCCUAUUUCUUCACCUCAGCUCCUUCAGGCUGCAUCUCCUCAGAUGCCUCAGCAUUCAUCCCCACAGGUUGAUCAGCAAAGCCUGCUAACAUCUAUCUCAAAAACUGGAACCCCUUUGCAAUCUGCAAGCUCACCUUUUGUUGUUCCUUCACCUUCAACUCCCUUGGCUCCAUCACCUAUGCCUGGGGAAUCUGAAAAACCUGUUCCAGGCACUUCCUCUCUCUCAAAUGUUGCUAACAUUGGACAUCAACAAGGAACUGGUGUUCAAGCUGGCUCCCAAUCCCUUGCAAUUGGCACUCCUGGGAUAUCAGCCUCACCUUUGCUUGCAGAGUUUACUGGUGUUGAUGGAACUCAUGCCAAUGCUAUGACAACUGUUUCUAGCAAGUCAAACAUUACAGAGCAGCCUCUUGAACGUUUAAUGAAGGCGGUGAAAUCCAUGUCACCUAUAGCAUUGGGUGCAUCUGUAAGUGACAUUAGCUCAGUUGUCAGCAUGACUGACAGGAUAGCAGGGUCAGCGCCAGGUAAUGGGUCUAGAGCUGCAGUUGGUGAGGAUCUGGUUGCCAUGACAAAGUGCCGUUUGCAAGCAAGAAAUUUUAUGACUCAAGAUGGAAUGAGUGGGACAAGGAAAAUGAGGCGCUACACUAGUGCCAUGCCCCUAACUGUUGCAUCUUCUGCAGGCAGCAUAAAUGAUAGUUUCAAACAGUUAACUGGUUCAGAGACAUCUGACUUGGAGUCAACUGCAACAUCUAGUGUCAUGAGGCCAAGAAUUGAGGCUAAUCAUGCGCUUUUGGAAGAAAUAAGGGAAAUAAACCAACGACUUAUAGACACAGUGGUUGAUAUCAGUGAUGAAGAUGUUGAUCCAGGUGCGGUAGCAGCAACUACUGAAGGGGGUGAAGGAACCAUUGUCAAGUGCUCUUUCAAUGCUGUGGCUCUCAGUUCAAACUUGAAAUCACAGUACAUGUCAGCACAAAUGUCACCAAUUCAGCCCUUGCGCUUGCUAGUCCCCACAAAUUAUCCAAAUUGUUCCCCAAUCCUAUUAGACAAGUUUCCAGUUGAAGUCAGUAAGGAGUACGAAGACCUUUCAGUGAAAGCAAAGUCAAGGUUUAGUAUAUCACUGCGGACCCUUUCACAGCCUAUGUCACUUCGUGAGAUAGCAAGGACUUGGGAUGUGUGUGCCCGCGCUGUUCUUGCUGAGCAUGCACAACAGAGUGGUGGAGGCAGCUUUAGUUCAAAAUAUGGAACUUGGGAGAACUGGUUGAGUGCUGCAUAGCCAUCUUUGCGGACUCAAAUCAAAAGCGUAAACUUGAGUCGUUUUGAUGAUUAAUGACGAGAAUUUGCCACAGCUUCUAUCUUGAGAACUGAAUAAGUAGUUUUCGGAUGCAUUGAUCGGCAAUCAAGUCCAUUCAAGGAAGCAGCCUCUGGUGAUGUUUGUCAACUUAAGAAACCUCCCGAGGUUGGUGCAUAACUUCUGUCAUUAGAUAAUUAUCCGUUGCUUGUAUGGGUCGAAACAUGAAGCAUUGUGAUCAACUUUGCCAUAUAUUCUGUUUAUAACCAUGCUGCGUUGUGUUUGUUCUCUUUGGUUAAUAAAUUAAACGAUGCAGAAUCCUUAACAAUA